AUGGCAUUCCGAUCUCAAGCAGAACGGUGCUCUCGAAAGGCCGAGAGCUCAUCAAUCCCGGUGAUCACUAUCACUCCUGCCUCACCAACCUUUGGUACCUUGUCAGAGGUCCAGGCGAGGCACAGGGAACCCCACUGCCACCACUUUGAGCCUGUCGAAGGACCGACAGAACGAUUGCUGGUCCCCUUCGAUGAUGGCAAGAACCCCAAUUCCUUGUCGACGCAGGGCCGCCGGGUGAGAGAUGCUAGCCCAGAUGCAGGUAUAGUGGCUAAGCUCAAGCGGGCUUGCUCGUCUCCAUACAACAACCAGGGCCGGAAGGGCAUUCGCUGUGGCUUGAAUAAAAGUAUUACGGGCAUCAUACCAUGGACUGGCCAUAAACGGUCCUCUGAUGUGGUCGUCGAUGAUGUUGCAGAACCGUUCGAUCCUAACUUCGAGGGGACUGGCUGGUGGCCUCAGCCCGGUCAUCUCUAUGGAGCCUACAAUAUACGGCUGAACAUAAGGCAGUUCGACAAAGGCAGCAGCGCGCGGUCAAGAUGUCCCAUUCUGUCAGGCCUACUCAACUCCCGGGUCGACCAGAACAUCGAAGUCGAUCUUGCCGAAAGCUACGAGGAAGUGUACCGCAAGCUAGUGCGGAAAGCUCUACGGAUCGCUAUCACCGACGACCUCUUGAUGCCCGGGGACAUAGCUGGAGACAUAUUUCAUGUAGUAGACGGCAAGAGACAUUUGAUCACGCCAGCGAAUUGGGAGAGCGAGAAAAGAGAGUGGUGCGCUGUGCCUGGAAUUCUGAUGAGGUUCGACUUCUUCAUCCUACCUAAGCAUACCAGGGUAUUGAAGGGAAUGGGCAGGAAAACGGCCGCGUGGUCGAGAAUGUCUAGCAGGAGUAUAUGUGCUGCGGCUCGGAAAAUGGGGAGGACGGUUGGAAAGUGGUGUAAGGGCUUCGACAUGUGCGGUAUGGCCGGGCUGGAUGAAAUGGACGAGCAAGAAAGGAUGGCGCUUCGAGAGCUGUCGUGGCCAUACAUGGGAGAGUUCGGAAGAUGA